ACCAGCUGGGCAGAAUAUUUUAUUUUUAUCCUUAAUUAAAAUGGAAGUGGGCGUAACUAAAUUAUGUUUGUCUGUGUUUUGUAUCCAAACAAGUGAACUGCCAUGGCUCUUAUGUCAUGGAUGAUCACCAAUUGGGUCAAUGAGUGUAGGGAACACUUACUGUUUUGUAUUCCCAUAUAUUCACCUUCUCCUUGGAGUAGCAUUCUUCCUUGGGGGAAACUGCUUAUUCUGACAUUCUCACUCCAACUCCCAAGGCUUUAGUUGACGCAGUGUUGUUUUUCAAUAGCCCUAUCUCUAUUGUCCCAGGGGAUGGACUCUUAUCAAAGCUGACAGGUCAAACCCCUUCCCUGGAAAGUAUAUCUUUGACUCCAUUGACUUUAUGCCUUCUUCAUGUUCUUCCAAAGACAUUGCCUGAACUCACAGCUUAUAGUGACUUCUAAUAAAAUAAAUGGGCAUUUUCUCUGAACGUUACAGGCUGUGCACAUAAGGAGUUUAUGAAGGAAAAAAAUUCUCAAAGGCUAUGCAGCCCAGAGACUGACAAUACAACAUCUCCCCUCCCCCCCAGGAGAUACAGGUACAUUCCCAUUUGUUUGGAUUUAAAAAUUCAUAACUUCUAACACAAUAGAACACAUUAGUAUUCUGGUAAUAGAAUGUAAGCUCCUCAGGAGCAAGAAUUUUUGUGUUUCCCGUCUCAUCUCCGGAAGCUAGGGAAUUUUCUGCCCAGUGAAAUACUUACUGAAUGACUCAAUGAAUUUGUCUUCAGCCGAGUUUUGAAUAAUGAAAUUGUACCUUUAUAAAGAAGAUGAAUAUAGAUAAAUAGGAAUUACUUUGCUCUCACAACUAAUGCUAGCUACCUGAACAAGACUGCAUAAUAGGCGAGGGGGAAAGGAGUACCCAAAAAGGCAUUCAGCCCGUUUUUUUUGCUCUUACAUUGUGCUUUGAAAUGAAAACUACCUGAAGUUGUAAAACAGAACGCUGGGUGGCGCUGCAGGACAAGAGAGUAAAAACCUCUCCAGGAUUGCUAGACUACGUAAAGCCGUAAAGCCGUCUCCGACCGCUUGCAAAGGAAGCAUUUUACACCACCCGGGCUAGAGGGUUUCAGAGAGGCCGCUAUCCCCAUCCCCGCGUCAGUCAAUGUUAGGAACUGACUCGAGAUUUUUGAACUAAGAUAGCAGAGUUGGCUGCAAAGCAAUCAUUUUGUGAUUUCAUACUGGAUCGUUUGGACAAGGAGGAAGGAUGGAGACGCCGCUCCCCAAAGCGCCCCGGAAAAGGCAAGUGACUGCCAUUAUUAUUCUAUUACUAUUGUGGGAGGCGGGCGGUGCGACCCUUAACUAUUCCGUUCUAGAAGAGAGGGAGAGCGGCUCUUUUGUGGCCAACCUCGCAAAAGAUCUGGGUCUGGGCUUAGGGGAGCUGGCCGCGCGUGGCGCCCGGAUUCUAUCCAAAGGGAACAGACAGCAUUUGCAGCUCGAGCAGAAGAGUGGGUAUUUGCUCCUCCAAGAAAAAUUGGACCGGGAAGAGUUGUGUGGUGACACGGAUCCGUGCAUACUGCAUUUCCAGGUGUUACUGAAAAACCCGCUGCAGUUUAUUCAAGGGGAACUCCAGCUCCGAGAUGUAAAUGACCAUGCCCCCGAAUUCUUGGGACAGGAAAUCCUCCUGAAAAUCCCGGAAAGCAGCCAGCCCGGGACUGCCAUUCCUUUGAAAACAGCUCAGGAUUUAGACGUGGGCAGCAACACCGUUCAGAACUACACCAUUAGCACCAACCCGCAUUUCCACCUGUUCACUCGCAGUCACAGCGAUGGUAGGAGAUACCCCGAGCUGGUGCUGGACAAAACACUGGACCGUGAAGAGCAGUCAGAGCUCAGGUUAACCCUCACGGCGCUGGAUGGUGGGUCGCCGCCCAGGACGGGGACUUCCCAGGUUGUCGUUGCGGUCCUGGACAUAAAUGACAACGCCCCUGAGUUUGCUCAGCUGCUCUAUGAGGUGCAGGUCUCAGAGAACAGCCCUGUGGGCUCCCUGAUCAUCACCGUCUCCGCUAGAGAUUUAGAUGCUGGGACCCAUGGCGAGCUCUCCUACUCGUUUUUCCAAUCAUCAAAUCAAGCCAUUCAGGUGUUUGAAAUAAACGCAGUCACGGGAGAACUUCGGUUAAAAAGAAUGCUGGAUUUUGAGGAAAUUCGGUCUUACCGUAUGGAAAUUGAGGCCUCAGACGGUGGAGGCCUUUCUGGGAAAUGCACCGUAGCCAUAGAAGUGAUGGAUAUAAAUGACAACGCCCCGGAAUUGACCAUGUCAUUACUCAUCAGUGACAUCCCAGAAAACACCCCAGACACGGUGGUAGCUGUUUUUGGAAUUUCAGAUCCAGACUCUGGAGACAAUGGCAAAAUGACUUGUUUCAUCCAAGACCAUCUCCCCUUCCUACUGAAACUUACUGUAGACAAUUUCUACACCCUGGUAACAGAAGGAGCGCUGGACAGAGAGAAUCAGGCCGAGUACAACAUCACCAUCACGGUCACCGACAUGGGGACCCCCAGGCUGAAAACCCAGCACAACAUCACCCUGCUGGUCUCCGAUGUCAACGACAACGCCCCCGCCUUCACCCAAACCGCCUACACCCUGUUCCUCCGCGAGAACAACAGCCCCGCCCUGCACAUCGGCAGCGUCAGCGCCACAGACAGGGACGCGGGCGCCAACGCCCAGCUCACCUACUCGCUGCUGCCGCCUCACGACCCGCGGCUGCCCCUGGCCUCGCUCGUGUCCAUCAACGCGGACAACGGCCACCUGUUCGCCCUGAGGGCGCUGGACUUCGAGGCGCUGCAGGCGUUCGAGUUCCGCGUGGGCGCCACGGACCGCGGGUCGCCCGCGCUGAGCAGCCAGGCGCUGGUGCGCGUGCAGGUGCUGGACGCCAACGACAACGCGCCCUUCGUGCUGUACCCGCUGCAGAACGGCUCUGCGCCCUGCACCGAGCUGGUGCCCAGGGCGGCCGAGCCGGGCUACCUGGUGAGCAAGGUGGUGGCGGUGGACGCAGACUCGGGCCAGAACGCCUGGCUGUCGUUCCAGCUGCUCAAGGCCACGGAGCCCGGGCUGUUCGGCGUGUGGGCGCACAAUGGCGAGGUGCGCACGGCGCGGCUGCUGAGCGAGCGCGACGCGGCCAAGCACAGGCUGCUGGUGCUGGUCAAGGACAAUGGCGAGCCCGCGCUGUCGGCCAGCGUCACGCUGCACGUGCUGCUGGUGGAUGGCUUCUCGCAGCCCUACCUGCCGCUGCCCGAAGCGGCGGCCGACCCGGCGCAGGCCGACCCGCUGACGGUGUACCUGGUCAUCGCGUUGGCGUCGGUGUCGUCGCUGUUCCUGUUCUCGGUGCUGGCGUUCAUCGCGGUGCGGCUGUGCAGGCGGAGCAGGGCCGCCUGGGCGGGUGGCUGUUCGGUGCCUGAGGGCCACCUUCCGGGCCACCUGGUGGACGUCAGCGGCACUGGGACCCUGUCCCAGAGCUACCAGUAUGAGGUGUGUCUGACUGGAGGCUCCGGAUCAAAUGAGUUCAAAUUCUUGAAGCCUAUUAUCCCUAACCUCCUACCCCAAGGCACUAAUGAAGAAAUAGAGGAAAAUGCCACCUUCCAGAAUAACUUCGGAUUCAAUUAGGAAUCGCAUCAUGAUGCAGUGUCUUUUGUAAUAUCUUUAGUUCCUCCAGGUACAGAGUUUGAGAGCGUCAUGGACAAGAAUCCUAACUUUAAGUGUAGCCUGGAUUUCCCUUUUGGGUGUCAGUGGAGUGGGGACCAGUAUGAGGUGUGUCUGAACAGAAGCUUAGGAAACAGCGAGUUCAUGUUCCUCAAACCAACUGUUGGCAAGUUUAUGGGUGAAGGGGCUGGUAGGGACACCAAGGAAAACUCUAACUUUACAAAUAACUUUGAGUUCAAUCAGGAAUCUCAUCUUGAAAAGACCUGAUAAAUGAUAAUAUACAUCCGGGUAUUUCCCAACCCUUGUAUUCACAGAAAGGGCUUACAUAUUCACACAUUCAUGAUUAUUGCCAUAUUUAUAGUUAUUGCAACCUGUUGAAGUAUUUCAUAUUCUGAAUCUCUAGGUGUUUUGUUGUUUUGUCAGGUUUCCCCCCCCUCACAUUUUGCAUGAUCCUACAGUAGCAGAGCACUGGUGUUUCUCGGGAUUUCGGGGUAAGAUUUUUGGAAGUUACAAAUGUUUUCAGAUUCCUGAUAUUUUAGCUUGUUCACUGAUAUAUUGUUAUGAUUAAGAGAAUUGUGUUUAAUGAUUAUCAUCAGCAUGAGUCUAACUAAGGUAAAUGAUGGCUUUUAGUUUUAAAAAUAAUUUUCAUUUUUGCAAAAAUUACUGUGACCUUGUAAAUUAUUUGAUUCCUGUAAUGUUGUUUCAAAAACACUGCCGUAGUUUUUCAAAUGAACUAAUAUUUUAGCUGAGUUGAGUGUUUUCUUUCAAAAUUGAGAGCAUUUAGUUAGACCACCUGCUAUAAUUUUAAAUGAUUCAAUUCCUGUUAAAUAGAAAAAAGUAGAAAAAUAUUGGUAGACGUAUGAUUACCUUUUUAUAAUAAAUGGUUUUGAGUAUGUAAAUGAUUCUCAUUCUUUUAAUAUACACAUGAUUCAAAUAUAUUCAAUAAGAAAGAAGAAAGCAAAUUAACAUCAUUAUUCCAGCACUCAAAAGCAGUUGUUAAUAUUAAGUCAACAUCAUUCUAAAAAUAUUUCUAUGAUUUAAUAUAAGUUAAUAGAUGGAAACAGUACUGUAAACUGGACCUAUAACGCAUGGCUAGCUCUAUAAUGAAAACUAUCAGAUUUUAUUUGCAUAUAAUGAGACUGUAGAACUCAUUAUAUGAAACUAUAGAACUUGCUUGAGCUUAAUUAAAUAAUCCCUAUAAGGUUAAAAACAAUAUUAAUAUAUUAACGUAAUUUAACUGCCUGCUUUAAAAUGAACAAGUCAAACCUUACACUUUUACCCUCU